CGACGGCUGGAAUUUUGAACUUGGUAAGUUUCUCUACCUUAUGAGUUCAGUUCGAGACAUGAAAAGAGUAGAUUCAGGAAUCAUACGCAAGCACCCGUUUCUAGUCUCGGUUUCCGGAAACUGGCGAAACCCAUCGAUCUCCCUGUCAAGUCCCAAAGCCUCCCGCGGGGCCGCGGCAAGUCCAAUGUGCUUGUAGUGCUCUUAGAUCUCCCACGACGGAAGCUUGAGAAUUCCAUGCGAGCCACCAUGGCCGACCCGACGUCCGCACCAUCUCCGCCACCGCCGACCAAUGCCCCCCCCAAGGUAGCCCAUCGAAAUAAUGCCCUGCGCAUGCUCGGGCUCCCUGCCCUCCCGCGCAAACUCCCUUCACGGAACUGGAUGAUAUUCUGGACGGUGUCGAGCGUCAUAGCAGGGGCGAUAAUCUACGACAAGCGCGAGAAGAAGAGGGCAAUCGCAAAAUGGUCGCAUGCCGUCGAGCAUCUGGCAAAGGAGCCGCUGGCUGACCCGCUCGGUCUGGCACAACCGCGCAAGUUGACGAUUUACCUCUCAAGUCCGCCUGGCGAUGGGCUGCGUGUUGCCCAGGACCACUACACCGAAUAUGUCAAGCCGAUUCUGGCUGCCAGCGGCCUGGACUGGGAGUUUGUGCAAGGACGGCGGGAGGGUGACGUGCGGGCCUACGUCGCUGAGCGGGUGCGCAGGUUUCGCCGCGACCUGGAGAGCCACGGCGAGCCCGACCCGGAGAAGCAGCCGACCAAGGAGGAGCUUAUCGAGGCAUUCCGCAAGGCGCGGGGCAUCGAGGAUUACCAGGGCGUGCGGGGCGACGUGGUCAUCGGCCGGCACACAUGGAAGGAAUAUCUCAGGGGCUUGCACGAGGGUUGGCUCGGACCCCUUGCGCCGCCGCCGGAGCCGGAGCCACUUCUGGCAGCCGCCACUCCAGAGCAAGACAAAUCUGUGGAAGAAAAGCCCGCAGAAGAGGAAGAAAAGAAGCCCAAGCGGCCGCCUCAGCCAAGACCCCACAACACCGUCGCCGACUACGACACAUCAACCCUCCCGUCGUACACCCCCAACGAAUUCGCUCCGUCGGCCCCCAUCCGCGAGCCUCACCUCCUUGGCUUCCUCAACACCCCGACCCGCAUGUACCGCUUCUUCAACCGCCGCAAGCUUGCCGACGACAUCGGCCGCGAGGUCGCCGCCGUGUGCCUCUGCACUUACCGCGAGUACCGACAGCUUGCCGCUGACUCCGAGUCCGCGAGCCCGAUGUCAAGUGGCGACCACCCGUCACAGUAUGAGCAGCAGAAAGAGCUGGAGUGGGAAGAGAAGGACUGGGUCAAGUCAGUCUGGAAGGAGGAUAACCCCAAGGACGCCCAAGCGGCCGAGAUCCCCGAAAGGGUGCGCGCAAAGCCCGUCGUCAUGGAUCCGCGCAUUGCCGAGCGUAUGCGCCGCUUCCAGCUGCUCCCCGAGGACGCGGAGCGGGCGAGCAGGAUUGUGGUGGCCGAGGAGGAGAUCGAGGGCUGGAUCAAGGGCCAUCUCCGCCAGCUCUAUCGGUGGGGCACGAAGAAGGCGUUCGAGAAGAAGAAGCUCACGCCUUUGGAGGACAAGUACGUUGAGUAAUGGAUCGGAGAUGGGAGGAAACGGUUGUAUGAAUUAUACAAGGUGUAUGUGUACAACAGCUGACUUGAGUGCGUUGGUUCAUGUUGGAGUAUCACGGUGGUGGUAGCCGUCCGGACUUACAGCGGCCUGUAUAUCGUGGGACAUGCAUGAUAGAUUUCAGGGGGUUUUGAUGAGAAGACAAGGGGCAGUGUCAGCCCUGUGUCCGUG